UUGUUAAUUUGGGGCUUAUCGAAUAAUUCAGUUGAACUAAUUCGGAACGAUGCAAUUGAGCACAUCUAUAAAAACAAACACUUCAAUAAUAUACGGAUUCUAAAUUAAUGAUUCUAAAUUAAUGAAUUAAACAUUGAAUAUAGCUUAUGAUAAAUUUAACUAAUAUUUGUGGCCUGUCGCAUUACAACUAAUUUAGAUUUAUAAUUACAUCUAUACAUGGAGGGCAGUCAUAACCUUUUGUAAUUGCAUCUCUUUCGUUGGGUCAGCUCUAAAUGGUCUAUGAUAUUGAUAAGCAAAUAUAAGUUAUUUCUAUGCCAAUAAAAAUAUUUUGGUGGAACGAAGAUGUUUUUAUCAAUUGCCCCACCAUUGAUGGAUUUUGAAGACGAAUUGCUAUGGGUAAACCAGCUAAGCAAUCAAAAUCUUACUGUGUUAUAUGAUAAAUCAAAUUAUGUUACUCCCAACACAAAACUUUUAAUUGAGCAAGCUUUCAUUCAGCCACUUAGUCUACAGGAUCAACAAAUUCUCUUUGACGACUUACAAAAACAAAGUCGAAAUAUCGCACAUCAAUAUGGAUUGACACCGGCUAAACUUCCUCAGCUUGUUGAAAACAAUCCUCUCAUUUCAAUAGAGAUCUUACUAAGGCUUAUGAUAAAUACGGACAUUACGGAAUAUUUUAACAUUCUGGUUAAUAUGGACAUAACACUACAUUCGAUGGAGGUUGUAAACAGAUUGACUACAUCUUGCCCUCUGCCCACCGAAUUCAUCCAUUUAUACAUUAGUAAUUGCAUAUCUGCUUGUGAAACAGUUAAAGACAAGUACAUGCAGUCGCGGUUGGUUCGAUUAGUUUGUGUAUUCCUACAAUCUUUGAUCAGAAACAAGAUUAUAAAUGUUAAGGUGCUCUUCAUUGAAAUUGAAGCAUUUUGUGUUGGAUUUAGUAAAAUUAAAGAAGCUGCAGCUUUAUAUCGCCUUAUAAAACACUUGGAAACCGGAGACACUAUUCAAACUGCAAAUUCAUUAACAAAUAAUAAAUAACAACAGAUUUACAAAUAAAAAGA